AGUCGUGGUGAACGCAGUUCUCGACGGAUCGCCGAGAAGGUGUAACGGUGUUGCUAGAUGCGAGUGACGGCGAGACGUACGAAAAGCCACGUGAUCGACUCUUUCACCGGCUGAACGUGACAGCUGAACGCGGCGACAGCUUUCGCGAUCAUUCGUUCUACUUCUUCGUCGUCGACCUUCAACCACUUAAGGAGUGUCACUGCUCUAUAUUGUCGUAAAUUCCUUGAGUCUCGUCGCGAAACAAAACCUAAACAGAUCAUGACAGCAAACGUAAAGCAUGGUUGAUCGUUGAGCCGCGUUUUAUGCAAAAAUUUACAUAUGAUUUAUUUUUUCGAUCGAGCUCUUCCGUUAUCUUUGCUCGUCGAAUAUGAGUGAUGUUCCGUUUCGUGAGCGAAAGAAGUCGUAUGUCGAUCAAAGACGCGUUUAAAUUGUUUAUUUGGUCCGGAAAAUCAGGAUAGCUUUCGAGAGGGGGGCGUGUUUAAUUUGAUCGUCGUUGAGGCACGCGGAUUGAGACAUGCCAGAGAAACGUAGUUAACCAGAUACGUGAUUCUUGUGUGAUACAACGUGGACGGCGCGGCAUCGUGCAGUGUUUAAGGGUGUUGAAGGUGCGUCCAAUGAAGGGAUAAGAAUGCCACCGGUGCUACAGCGGUAGAGGGUGUCACGGAUCUGGGAUUUUCGAGGCUGAGGAGCGCUUAGAUAAGGCAUGCUAUGCGUCAGAAGACUGGAAACAGAGGUUCUCGCGGAAGAUGACAGCGUUAAGUAGAUAAAGGAACAGCUGCUGGUUCCAUCGACCGACGACGACGACGAUUCAUCGCGUUUUCCAUGCAGUGCACAAUGCUCUGCCAUCGCGCUCUUGUCGUUCUCUUUGCUGUCAACGUGCCAAUCGUGACGGGGCUCGAGCCAGACUUCACAUACCCGUUGGAGAACUUAACGAUCUCGCAGGGUCGAGACGCAACCUUCACCUGCGUGGUGAGCAACCUCGGUGGAUACCGGGUGAGUCCUUCCUCCUCCGCGAGCGGAGAUCACUCUGGCGGCGCCAAGGCCCGGGUGGCGUGGAUCAAAGCAGACACCAAGGCAGUCCUGGCGAUUCACGAACACGUGAUCACGAACAACGCGCGUUUAUCAGUAACACACAGUGACUACAACACGUGGACGUUGAAUAUUCGUGGGGUACGCCGAGAAGAUCGAGGCAUUUACAUGUGUCAAGUCAACACGGAUCCUAUGAAGAGUCAGAGCGCGUUUCUAGAAGUGGUGAUACCGCCGGACAUAAUAUCCGAAGAGACCUCGAACGACUUGAUGGUACCUGAGGGCGGAUCCGCAAAACUGGUCUGCAAGGCUCGCGGCUAUCCAAAACCUGAGAUCGUAUGGAAGCGAGAAGAUGGCGCCGAGAUUAUUUCCCGUGCCGGAUCGUCCGGUGGCAAAACGAAAAUAGCUACUGCUGAAGGAGAAACGCUGACUCUGUCGAAAGUAACCAGAAGCGAGAUGGGUACCUACCUGUGCAUCGCGAGUAACGGAGUACCACCAUCAGUCAGCAAACGAAUGAUGCUGCACGUACACUUUCACCCGAUGGUUCAAGUACCAAACCAGCUAGUCGGCGCGCCAACUGGAACCAACGUAACGCUGGUUUGUCUCGUCGAAGCUUCUCCGAAGGCCAUUAAUUAUUGGACACGCGAAUCAGGCGAGAUGAUAAUUAGCAAUCACAAAUACUCGAUGUCAGAAGUGAAGACAUCCGUGUACAGUGUACAGAUGCGCUUGGUAAUUAUGAAUCUACAGAAACAGGAUCUCGGUGGUUACAAGUGCAUCUCAAAGAACUCAAUCGGCGACGCAGAGGGAAACAUUCGACUUUACGAUAUGGAUCUACCGAAACACUCGAAGAAACUGGGAGACCGAAGACUGGACAGUGACACGAACGAAGCGGUCAACGAUCGAGAUCACAGACUGACUAACGUGUAUCAAGGCUCUUUACGGGAAACAGGUUCAACCUUGGAACCAUUCUUCAACGGCGACGACGCAUCCUCGUCGACGUCCUCAAACGACAUUUUACCACCCGCCUCUUGUAUUCUUCUAAUAGUAUUGUCCCAACUGCUCGCUUUGACGUAAAGAACACUAUAAAAAAAAGAAAAAAAAAAACACGUGAAUACAGAAGGAACGAAGAAUCAUGCGUUUACUUCAACGACGACGGUCGAUCAUUUCUUUUCCUGUGUGUCGAUGCAUAUCGAUUUCUGUGCUGCGUUAUACUCGUCGACAGAGAAAAAGCAAGUUCAUUUCGAAAAGAUUAGUUACAAGUUUGUGUUGAUAUCUCAUCGUUGCAUUUGUUCGAUCCCUCCAUCGAUGAUACACUACCGGAUCUAGCUGACGAAUUAGAAUCGAAAGAGGUUGUAUCUGUUUGCAGAGUUCGUUCGGUAAGUAAUGAUACAUACAGAUUUCUAUCUCAUGUGUAUAGUUUUAAAAUUCUAUCAUUUUUAAUUUUUGUUAAUUUGGUUUAAUUUGGUUUAAUAUUUUACCGAGUAUUCAUUUUGAAUUUUAUUCAUUUUUGGCUAGAAAAUGUUAUUUUCAUUUAUUUAUUUAUAAUUCGUUUCUUGUCUUUAUUUGAAUUUUUUCCUUUUUUAUGUAUUUAUCGUGGAUAUUAUAAAAUAAGAUCACAAAACGAUACGAAAAUAUUUUUCGACGUAUUUCGAGCAAAAUAUUUCUUACAUACUUCUCCUAUACAACUUGUACAAAUUUUGAUAUUUCAUUUUACGUGGAUUUAACUUUUUCUACAACUUUUCGCAACGUAUUUGCCUAGUUUGAAAGUACUAAGUAUCGUGUAAUGUAAAAGCAAGUUUAACUGAAUUAGAAGAAUUUUAUACAAAACUUCGUGAUCUUCACCGUUGAAGGACUGAUGAAAAUAUCAUACGAGCCUUAUACAUUUUUAUCUAAAAUUCGAUAAUUCAUUACACUGGACCAAAAUAUAUAUCAUAUUAUUCCGACUUGAGUGAAAAACUGUUAUUUAUUCGAACUUUGUUAUUAGUUCUUUGAAUUUUAAAAAUUCGUAACUUCUGAUUGAAGCAAAUUUGCAAAACACAGAAGUUAGAAUGGUAAACAAUUAACGCCCACAUUCUGUAUUUAUUUAUUACAAAAUUUUCAAUUAUCAUAUUUCUAUCUAAAUAUUAAUCUUCCAUAUUUUUUUUCUAUCUAUGUACAAUAUUUCCUCUAGAAAGCUGAACUGAACAACAAAUUAUCUAUCCAGAAAAAUAAGUAUUUAACUAAUAUUUAAAUUUUAUUGGCAAACCUUUUCGUAGAAUCUUAUCUUCAAAAAUUGUAUAACACUUCAUUUAUUAUUUUACAAGUGAAUAAUUUCACUAGGUUAAAUUUUGGUCAUUUGUAAACAACGCGUUUUGCAAAUAAUACGCAAACUCUUGGCAAGCGAUAGAUUUAAAUUCGUUACGUCGCCUAGGUAGGCAUUUUUAUCUCUCCAAUUAAGAAGACACGUCUCGUUAGAGCAAUUUCACCAUCCACCUGUUACUCUGUAAUCCACUUGACCUACGUGUAUAAGUCCACACUUUAAUGUAGCACCACUUACACGAUCUUUCAACAAAAGAACCAGACCAGAGAAGUAUUUUAAAGUGGUUUUAAAAAUACGCGCCAAUGUGCCAGGUAGUUAAAUACAGUAAAUGACUAUAAAAACUGAACCGCUCGAAGAAAACAGGAAAAACAUUUAAAGAACCGAAAAAACAGUACGCUUGACCUACUAAAUGAUCUUUUUCAUCAAUUCACGCGUAAUUGCAGACGAAUUGGUAAACGAUACGAAAUUCAUUAUAAUUGGACCUAGUUAAUUAGUACGUAAUAUAUACAAUGAUCCGAAAAUACUUUUUGUAGUCACUCUUAACAGUAACUUUUAUUCAAAGAAAACAUGCAUAAAAUAAAAAACAGGAUUAUAAAUUACUUCCAAAUAGAAUAUCAAUAGAAAUAACGAAACAAAAAGUAAAGAUUUUUUGAUUUCUCCAUCUCAUUAAUUCUCUCAAAUUAAUCACCCCUUUCAGUUAUCAAAUAAUACUUGGUAAAAAGAGGGUAAUUGUUUCGGCUGGACAAUUUAUCGAACGAAUUUCUACUCGAAUUUUUCCUCGCGUACGCCGUUUGAACAAAUGGAGAAAAAUCGACGGACUGAUUCCUUGUUUAUUCAGACCGCGAAACGAGUCGAACCUUUAGUCGUACCGCGAUAAACUUGGGUCACGGGUACAAUUGCACGUCGACCAACAGGGGUACGUUAUUGUAUCAGAGCUGACGAACGUGAAAUUAAUAUUCUAAUGAAUAUCGGAGAAACGUAACGGCAGAACGAAGAUCUCGUCGUGGAUCUCGUCAUAUCGAACAGUUCGCUCCACCGUGCGAUUGUCCGUUCUAGGCUUAACGAGAUAUCUCGUUAGCACUGCAUGUUCGCCUUCUCUGUCUCUCUUCGACGACCGGUCUGUCGAAUUGUCCGAUCUGUUGCAAUGAUAGAAUUAUUAAACCCCGGGCUCGUGUACUUUUUUCUUGUCCCAUCCUCAUCUCUACCUCGUUUUUCCUCCUACUUUUCUCUGUCCCUUUUCACGUUAUGUUUCACGGAUUCACGUGUCUUUUUUCAACGUGUGAACACGCAUAUGGAGGGCAUGAAAUAAAAUCUGUUCCCUUCAUAUCCGACUCGCUGGAUUAUUAUGAUCGUUGACGGGAAUAUCAGACAACCGAGAUAAUGUGAACGAAUGGAAUUUAGUUACGCAAAUGUUGUUCAUCACCGGUUCACAAAGGAUCAUGUGUGAAUCGUAGUUCUGGAUUUGAUUAAAACUCGAAUCAGCUACGUUUUCGUGUAGUUGAUACGUAAGCCAUUCAGACGCCACAUUGAUCAACUCUAUAAGAUAAAAGGAGCGAUGAUGUUGCAAAUACUAUUUUUUAAAUUCACUUUAGAAUUUGCUAUUCUUUAUAUCGUCUUCUUACGACGAAUAAACUUAUUGACGUAAAUGAAUCGUGUAUUUGUGUGAUGAAAGUAAAAAAUUAAUAAGAAGUAGAAUUGAUUUCUAAGAAAUCAUGCAGAGGUUGUUUAACAAUUUGUUGUUCGACAGCUCUUGAUAAUUUUUGAUAAUUUUUCCUUUCAUUUAAUGUUUCUAGUGAGGUUUUUAAUUCUGUUAUUUUGAUUCUUUGUUGAAGUGUCAUAAAAUCUUGGAAUAUGUCCUCUGAGGUCUUUACAAAUUUUUACGAUACUAAUGAAUACAAUUAAAAUUGCCAGAUACAUAUAUAUUAUUCGUACAUCAUAUCCGUUUCACUAGAUUAUCUAAAAUUUGGACGCAAAUAUUCAAGAGAAAUUUCAUUGUUGGCGUAGGUAUCAUCGAGAGGAAACAUAUAAAUUGUAUCAUUCUAUUCUAUUGUUUCUUGUAUUACGUAGGAGGACAAGGAAUAAAUUGGCAAUUAUUAGUAACCUAUACGAAUCCAAUACAUAUCCCUAAUCAAUUAUAAAGUAGCAAUAUGAUUUCACAUUUUUAAGCAACGAUUAGGAGUACACAAGUCUGAAGAUAUCGUUAGAUUUGUAAUAAAUACGAAAAAAAUUGUACAGACGAACUGAGUUUAUGGUAAUCGUUACACGAAUGUAAAAUUAAUAUACUUUUCGUGAGAAAAGAUUUUAUCAAGCUUAGAAAACUUUUGAAUAAGUUUCGCCAAUUAAACUUCAUCCACUUUGGUAGCAUAUUAUACAUUUCGUGGAUGUCCCAAUGUCUAAUAAAUUCAAAAAUGAAAAACAGUUCAUUCUUGUGAAAUGGAAAUUUAUUAUCUCAAUUGUUUACAUAUUUACAUAUUAAUGACCAACAUUUAACACAAUAUCGAUUGAUAAUUAGCUAGAAAAAUUUUAUUUGUUCCUUAAUUUCAAUAAUUUCUUCUAGUUACUCGUAACUUUCAUUGGACUUUCAUUCCUUACAAAUUUGUUUUUCCUCAAAAAUUAUAUCACUUACACGGAAAAGAUAAACUCCCAUCAUACCGAAAAAUAUUACGCCUCUGAUUAAGAUAUCAUCGAUUUUCUAAUCUAUAAAAUUUUGAAAUGAAAUUUUAUAUAUAUAUAUAUAAAAUUUAAGUAUAACGGUUCAAAAAUUACAAAGUAACCACGUAUACGUUGUAUGAAAAUGACAGUGUAACGAUAACGAUAAACGCAGUUUCCUGACAAAGUAUAGUUAAUUCAUUCAGCGUGCAGCGUGCGUUUUGCUCCCUUUUACAAGAAAGUCUCGUCGCUCAUAUACACGGAUAAAAGGAAAACGAAAAGAAGAACUGGCAGAAAAAAAGAGAGCACGAGACGAGAUAAAGGUCAAAAAUAAAAGAGUCGCGCAAUAAAGCACAAAGUCAUUAAUUAAAGUCGUCGUAUGAGCGAGAAAUGAAGUUGUAUCCGUGCUUUCGAUACUGUUAUAUCGGUGUGCAUGCACAGAACGCCACGUUGUUCGUAUGAUGAGCUUCCACCGUAUGUAGUGUAAAAACGAAUAAAAAAAUAUUAUGAAAAAACGAAGAAACGCAAAAGUGGAAAAUAUUCCGAGCUAGUAAGAAUGUAAGAAAUGUAUCCCUUUGCUUUUGCAACCAACAAAUAAAAAGAGAGAAAAGUAUCGUUGAGCAUUAUUAUGGCGAGUCAUGAAUGAUUCUGUACGGAUGUAUGAGAGGGUGUGUGUGCAUCUUAAACGGGUAUGUAAUGUUAGGAAAUAUAUGUACGAUUUUUACGUACAAAAAGAAAACGAGCAAAAUUUCAUUUAUCCUAUGUAUAUAGAUAGGUUAUGCGAUUUUUUAAAUUUACAUAUUUUGAAUUAUCAUAUACAUGAUAUGUGAUAGUAAAUAAUAAUAGAUUUGUGAGAUGGAACUAUAUCAUCUUGAGUUAUAUUAUUAAUAUUGUAGAGGAUGUUUAAUAUAUUUUUGAAGUUUCUGUUGGAAAAAACAGACUGAGAUAUUAUUUAUUUCUCACUAUAAAUCAAAGUAAAAUUAAAGUUUAGAUUUAUAAAUAGAUCGCAUUUUUGCUAGACAACUUGACAGAUUUGUUGAGAAAAUGCAGUUUUCUAGGAUUCUUUACAAAUAAUAUUCUUUCUAAGCAUAUUAAAAAAGUAUUAAAAAGAAAGUAAAAUAAUUCGCUUCAGUUGAAAGAACGUGCCAAAGUGUGUGAAUUUGAAGUAGUGAUUCCGCGUUUCACCUAUUAAUCGCCUUUGAUCUUCUCUUUUAAAUACAUUCUAAUUAAUGAAAUUUUGUUUUAGAGGGAUAUAUCAGUGUUUGAUGCAAGAUAUUAAUGUUAUAACAAUGUUUCCGGUAACGACAUUAUCCUGUUAAUAAUUAAGAAAUCUUUUAUCAGAAAAUUUUGUAUAAACAAAGCAACUAGUUCACAGAAGAUCGUACGGAACAUUUUAUUUAAUUAGAGGCUGAAAUAUAACGAACGCCAGUUUAAACAAAUUUCCCUUUAACUUAUUCGACGGAACGAAUUCCUUUGUUGCGUGAGAAAAUAAUCCCUGUUCUUGACGUCCAAUUUAAUAAUUACAGCCAAAGAUUUAUUUAAAAGAAAAAGUGCGGUUCGUUUGGAAAGAAAGUAAGAAAUUACGCAAAAAUUUUUAAUUUCGUUACUCUUCCAGUGAUAAUAACUGAUUAAUUAAAAUUUUUAUGGUAGAAAUCUUAUAGUUUAUAGCUUAAUAUAAUUUUUAAUGUGGUGAAUUUGAAAUGCAGAACUCAAAUAUUUGAGAAUUUAAUAAUAUAAAAAUUCAGCAAUUCAAGACGAAAAAUAGAAAACAAGGAAGAUGAUUCCAUAUAAGUUGAUAAUUCACAAAUAAACAAAAUUUCUACGCGCAAUUGCAAACAUGCGAAAUGAAUGAAUAUGAGUGAAUCGAUGACUGUUAGUAACUAGAAAGAAGAAAUUAUGCGACAUUUAAUAUUAGUGAAUAUGAGAAUACAUUUAUGUGUAGAUUGUGUAAAAUACAAAAUAUAAUGAAACGAUAUUAUUAAAGUUAUUGAAUUGUUGGCUGUAGGUGUUUACGACGUUUAUAUGAUAUAUAUAUAAUAUAUAUAUAUAAUAUAUAUAAUAUAUAUAUAAUAGAGUGUAAGAUAUAAAUACAAUAUGAAAUCAAAUUACACAACAAAAUCGGCUUUCCAUGGUUUGGUAACAUGAAACAAAAUCUUAAAUAUCGAAAAAGAUUCCAUCAACCAUUUUCUUUCAACAAUAACACGAAAAUGAAAAAGAGAGAAGUUGAUAGAAUUUUUAUCGUUAGAUAAUUUAAUUAACAUUAACGAAGAAAUUUAUCCACAGAUUAUCAUGAAUAUCAUCGAUCAUUUCUAAAUUAUAACUUUCAAUUCAUCUGCAAAAUUAUACGGAGAAUGAAACGUGUAAGUGAAUGAAAUGUAUAUUUAUGCAAAGCGAAACAAUCGAUAUAAAAGCGUAUUGUAAAAUAUACUACAUUAUUUAAUUAUUAGUACACUGAUUCUGAGUGGAUGUAAAUAUUUUUGUUCUACUAACCGUUUUUAUUCUAUUAUAUUAAAAGAUCCAGAUAAAUCUCAUGUUACGAGGCAAUCGGGAAACAUAGCAUGUUUAAAAAAAUUAAAGGAAAUCGCAUAAAUAUAAUGUAUCUCUAAAAGUGUACCGAAUUUAAUAGAGUAAGUCGAUUGACGCGCGGGUGAAAACUAUCAACGAAAAACAGAAAUUAAAGCUCAUAUCGGAUAACAUAUCGGGUGGCUUUUCACCCCCGUUGAAUUUUUCCUUACAUAUCCGGGAAAUACUUUUUUGGGAUUUCUAACUCGAAUUUUAAGCGAUUUCGACCGAAAUCUUCGACACUUUCAGGACCUGGAUUUUUGUAAUGUAAGUUAUUUUAUUUUAAAAAUGCUCUGUCAUUUUGUCAAUAUUGUAGUUAAUUUCAUUAGGUAACCAAAGAUGGCUUAACAUUUAUGAGAGACCACAAUCAUCGUAAGUAAUUAUAAUAUUAAUAUUUUCUUUUUUUUAUACAGAAUCCUCAUCAAUUUAUUAACAAGUGCACUAUUUAUAUUUUUAUUUGAAAUUUAGAAACUCUAAAGAUUAAAAGUUCGAAGAUUAAAAAAUUCUGAUAUUUGACAACUAUUAUUUACAAAGUGUUGAUACAUCUUUGGAUAUUCGAUAAAAAAUAACUAAAAUAUUAACAAAAAUGACAGAGCAUACCCUCCAAAGAUCACGAUUUGCACUUAAAGAACAUAAUAUACAAUUUUAUUUAGCAUCGACCUAUCCAUUCGAAUUGGCUUUUUGUGCUUCGUCAUUUAUCAAAUGCUAAAUUAGUGUUAGUUCCAUUUCCAUUAAUUAACAAUAAGUAAUACUCGAUCGAUAGAUGUGCGGAUUUGAUAAUAAACCAAAAUAAAAGAGAGUGACUAAAAAAAAAGAAGUAAACAUAUAUGAAUGAUUAGUCUUUGAGGAGGACUGAGAAUCGCCCUCCUAUAAAUGGCCGGGCCUUAAUAUAUUUUGCACUAUACAUACAUACAUAACGUACAUUAUUUAUGAAGAAAGAAAUAAAAAAUGAACGAACAGAAGGAUUUGUCAUAUUGUGAAUACGAUCAUCUUCCCCUUCGAGAGUCGAAUAUUUAAGGGCGUAGCCGCACACUGUACAAUAAUUACGCGCAUACACGUAUAAUAUAAAUAUAACAUAUGCAUACAUACAUACGGUAUAAUAUACGAAUAUGAUUAACGAUAUGCAUACUUGCGUCGAUGUAAUUAAAUAAUGUAUCGUGUAAUAACGUGAUCCCGUGAUGGAUACUUGUACUAAGCCUAUCAAUGAAUUAUCGCACUGCUGGUACCAACGGAGAUAAAUAUAUAUAUGAAACUGAAUAAAGAAACGAUUAAUGUAUAAA